GCCGCACAUCACUCGCAUCUCACCUCCUCUCUCCGCCACGCACACUCCACCCUCACACAACUCUUCUGAAACUCCACUGCACACUCCGGACUGCAGCGAGGGAGGCGGCAUGAGUUUCCCCGGCGACAUGUUCAGCUCCAGCAGCUCCUACAGGAGGAUGUUCGCGGACGCGCCGCGGUCCGGCUCCGUGUCCGGGUCGGUGCGCACCGGCCUGGGCAGCAGCAGCCCGUCCCGCCUGCACUACCGCAGCAGCCAGGGCCACCGCUCCUACGGCUCCCCCUCCAACAUCACCUCCUCCACCUCCUACCGCAGCAGGACGGCUCCCGGCCGCGCCUUCUCCUCCAUGCCGGACUCGUCCUCCAUGGACCUGAGCAAGUCCACCGCCGUCACCAACGAGCUCAAGAUCAUCCGCACCAACGAGAAGGAGCAGCUGCAGGGGCUCAACGACCGCUUCGUGUCCUUCAUCGAGAAGGUGCACAACCUGGAGCAGCAGAACAAGGUGCUGGAGGCGGAGGUGACACUGCUGCGCCAGCGCCACAACGAGCCCUCCCGCCUGCACGAGCUGUACGAGCAGGAGAUCCGCGAGCUGCGGGCCCGCGCCGAGGAGCUGACGCACGAGAAGAGCCAGAUGCACCUGGACUGCGUGCAGAUGGGGGAGACCCUGGAGCGCGUCCGGGAGAAGGUGGAGGAGGAGACGCGGCUGCGGGAGGAGGCGGAGGGCGCGCUGAAGGAAUACCGCAGGGACGUGGACGACGCCACGCUGGUGCGCGUCGAGCUGGAGAAGAAAGUGGAGUCCCUGCUGGACGAGAUCGCCUUCCUCAGGAAAGUGCAUGAGGAGGAGCUGCAGGAGAUGCAGGCGUCCCUGCAGGCCACCCAGGUGUCGGUGGAGAUGGACAUGAGCAAACCGGACCUGGCUGCCGCCCUGAAGGACAUCCGGGCCCAGUACGAGAACCUGUCGGCCAGGAACCAGGCCCAGGCCGAGGACUGGUACCACUCCAAGUUCACCUCUGUGACCGAGGCGGCCGCCCGCAACCAGGACGCCAUCAAGCACUCCAAGGAGGAGCUGAGCGAGUACCGCCGGCAGGUGCAGGCCCGCACCCUGGAGAUCGAGGCCCUGCGGGGCCACAACGAGGCCCUGGAGAGGCAGAUCGCCGAGAUGGAAGACCGACACAACAACGACAUCGGAGAGAUGCAGGACACGAUCCAGCAGCUGGAGAACGCGCUGCGCAGCACCAAGGGAGAGAUGUCCCGUCACCUGCGUGAAUACCAAGACCUGUUGAAUGUAAAGAUGGCGCUGGACAUCGAGAUCGCUGCUUACAGGAAGCUGCUGGAGGGAGAGGAGUGCCGCCUCAGCUCCGUGGGCGGGGCCAUGGUCCAGUCCGGCUACCCCGGCUUCUCCUACAUGUCGGCCCGCUCCUACACCCUGGGAGGAUACCGGAGGUCCAAACCCGAAGAGGAGGAAGAGGAGGCCGAGGAGGAAGAGAAGGAGGAAGAAGAGGAGGAGGGAGAGGAGGAAGAGGGAGAUGAGGGAGAGGAGGGAGGAGAUGACCAGGAGGAAGGCGAGGGAGAGGAGGAGGAAGAGGAAGAGGAGGAAGAGAAGCCAGCUGAGAAGGGAGAUAAGGGGAAAGAGAAGGAGAAGGAGAAGGAGAGCUCCGCCGGCGGGAAGAGCAAGAGCUAAACUGCUCGUAACAUCAUCGUCAAUAUCUCAUACGGCAUCGCACCGAUCACCUGUUCACGUCAUCUCUAUCUCGCACACGCAGACACAAACGCACACUCCAGAUGCCUCACACUUUAGUCUUCUGUCUCUGCUAGCACUGAAAACCAGACGGGAUUAAACACGAUAAGAGGGAGAGCUUUAGAAAGGAACGGUGACAGGAGAGUUUUAAUUCUCUUCCAAACACCGAUGUCAUCACAACUUUACAUCUCAGCAAAGGGAAUAGAACUAACUGAUGCCGUGAAGCGUCAAAAGUUCGGAAAAAGGAAUGUUUCUCGCAUUAAAUAAUGCGCCAUCAAUAAUCGAUAUACACAGUAAGAGCAAUCAAAACCUUGAAAGUAACAACUUUGUCAGCACACCGGCUUUCAGGAAACACACCGAGAAAUAGCCCGUCCGACUUUUAAGGUGCUAUUUAGUUUUUACAUAUAAAAGUUGGGGAGAUGCGUAACUAAAGGGUUUUAUCGCUGAGAGAAAAAACCCCACCAGCUCAUGUCUGAAUGUCGACUUUCAAAGCAAGAAUGUUUUGAGAAAAAACAGCCUCUCUGUGAACUGGAAUCCCAACUUUUGCACAGAAACCGAGAAAAUUUCCCCCUCCCUCUCCAUUUCAGCCCGCUUUUAUUUCCUGCUUUUAUUUACUGCAGUGUUGCAGCACGGCAAUAACGGCAACCUGGAGUUCAAAAAGGUGCGUAAAUGUGACGGGAGGAUGGGCGGCAUUUCCAGAGCGGCGCUGUAGCUUCUCCAUGUGGAAAUGCUUCUUUGUGAAUGAAAUAUUGUAGCGAUUAAAUUGCUGCUAUGUAUAUUAUAUUAUAUUAUCGCGACCCUUCCCCUGACUGAUUCAUUUGUCAAAGAAUUCAAUUUUCCCUUAUAAUUUUAAAAGAAAAACGUUUUUUGUUUUUUUUCUUCAUAUAAUCAUGAUGAGGCUUUUGUUCCAUUUAGUUGGAAACUGAUGAGAGACGAGUGAGAGUAGCUGCAAGAGUCAGACGGCUGCUUUAUUGGCAAUGAAAGAGUCACAAAUAAGGGCUAUUUUCACGAUAACAUUGUAUCGCUUUGCCCUUAGUUUAUUUUUACUUUCUUUCUUCUUUUUUUUUUACGGUUAUUUCUCAUUUCCCUCUCUUAGAUUUUUAUUUUUCCAUUCAUUUUUGACCCAUGAAUCAAGCGGCGGAGAUGAAUGCAUGGCCUGAUAGCUGGAGCUUGAAUACUUGCUGGAUGAGACAGAAUUUUUUGCUUGUUGUGUGUUCAAUUAAAAAUAAAUAAAUCAACAAAAAAAACUUGCCUUAACCAUGAAUAAAAGUUACAAUAAUAAAAGAUGUUUCCGCCUGUAUUUCACUUGUUCUUGGGGAGACAGUGGGGGGGUGACACCAGAUUCUUCUGCUUUAAACUGUGACUGUUCAUGCUGCUGGUUCAUUCAGUGAUUCCCUCUCAAAGCCAAAUAAAGACAUUGAAUAACCCAACA